AUGAACGCUAUCGACUCGGCAGAUUCUUUCUGGGGCUCUUCAACUUCGAGGGCCAACUUCUGCGAGAUAGACUACGCCGUGAGCCGAUACAUCGCCGAGUUUGUCAACAGCUUGACAAAUGUCGUCUACAGUAAGAUCCCGGAAGUAAUCUACGGCCUGUACGGGUUGCGCCAGCUGCGACGGAAAGCAGACACACAUGGUGAUUCUUUACGUGCCCUUCCCUACUGGGGCUUAAUAGCGGUCGGUCUGUGCUCGUUUGCGUUCCACCUCAGCCUCAAAUACCACACCCAGAUGAUGGACGACCUCUCGAUGCAUUUUGCCACAACCCCAGUCCUACAUCGCGUCUUGACGGCCAAUUCAAAUCGCCGAGACUCUAUUGUCGUGGCUAUCGCACUUGCUUCCAUGUUGCUCUUUCUGGUAACAUUCCAUGUGAUAACCGAUGAGCUGGUCCUCCACUCCGUGUCCUUUGUCGGCACGGUGACCGUCAUUGGAGUUCACACUAUACGUCUCGUCAAUAGCCGGACGCUGCCCGGAUCAGCUGCCCGGCGACAGAUCUGGGGAAUGGUUCGGUUUGGAGCAACGAUUUUCAACCUGGGGUAUUGGCUUUGGCUGAUUGAUCAGUGGGCCUGCGGAUUCUUGACAAAAGCGCGAGAAGCAAUAGGGCUUCCCUGGGCUUUUGUACUAGAGCUUCACGGGUGGUGGCAUAUCUGUACUGGAAUCGGGGCCUAUAUUUUUAUCGCCGUGGUAGAUCACCUUGUCGCCAGCGAGGAUCUAAGUGAUAUCCAACAAUCAUUCACCUGGCCAGCUUCCUGGGCGUCGACAUCAGUUUUCGCAGGACGAGGAUCGUCCGUAGACAAGGACGUUAGCGAGAAACAAAAGUGA